AUGAACACUGAUACUAGAAAUAUUUCAGUAGAGAGGUUAGAAAAUGAUGAAACAAAAAGUAAAGAGGUAGUAAACAAUCUUUUGAAAGAAACCACAUAUUUUUUUGGAAAAAUACUGUCUUUUUGUUUUUGGUAUUUUACAGAUUGAUUUAGAAGGGAUCUUAGAACUAAAUCCUCAACUACAUUCAAAUAUUCCUACCAUUACUAAUUUGGUUGCUCAAAAUGAUUCUAAUAUACCCACUACUAGCAAAUUAGCGAGUGUAAAUAUACCUAACUUUUCAAAAUCAAACUAAAUUUGUCAUGAUUAUUUAAAAAAAAAAUUUUUUGCUUAUUUAGCUACUAGUUUGAUACUAUGAUAGCUCGACAAUCACAAUAUUUUUAAGUUUUAUAAACUUUGAAUUAUUAGUGUAAUUUUUAUUUAAACUUACUUAGUUUAUUAUUUCAUAUUCAAAUCAAAUUGUUAGAUUUUUUUCUCAAUUUAAAAUUAUUUCUUGAGAAUUUUGUUUGUUUUAAAAGUCAAACAGUUUUCAUAUAAAAAUUUAAUAUCAUAACACAUAAAUAGUUUAAAAAGAUAUUUAAUGUAAAAAAAAUAGUAAUCAGUUAACUAUUUUUUUUUUUUUUUUUUUUUUUUAUGAUUCUUUUUAUACUUCAUUAUUUUUUUAUACAUUUAUUGUAAUAUAUUUAAUUGAUGAAUGGUAAUAAUCCAAUGUUUAUUUCUAGUGUUCCACAAAAACUUCAAUACAAAAAUUUAGUAAUAAUAAAGGCAAGUUUUUGUUUUAUUUGUUAAAUUUAGAUAUUUCUAUAUAGUUAUGUUGUUUUAUUCAUAUUAUAUGUUUGUAUUGUAUUUAGAAAAUUUUUGUUUUUACAGACAUUAUCAUAGGAAAAUGUUGGUAGAUGAUUUCAAUAUUAGUUAUCUAAAAACUAAGUACUGAUUAAUUUAUUUGUUUAAAAAAUACCUAAAUAAGAAAACAUUAGUAGUCUAGAUUUGUUUGAUUGUUAUAACUAAUGUUUAACAAUAAUACAUUUUGUUAACAUUUAUUUUAAGAAUAAUAAGUUUUUUUAAUCAUCCAGUUGACAUAGUUUUUUAAAAAUUAUCAGUGCUUUAUGGUGUCGAUUCUUAGUUAUGUUUCUCUGAAUUAAAAUUGUACAAACUAUUUUUUUCGUUGACAUUAAUUAAUUACAAUUUAUUGAUUUAAUUGAUUUAGGUUCAUAUAAAGAAACAAAACCAAUUAGUAAACAGACCAAUCAUUAUUCACCAGACUCUGGUGAAGUUUUAUUAACAACAGUACCUUGUACACCUUUAAACCCUCCAUCCCAAUAUCAACAAAUACCAGUAUUAAAACCUGCUGAUCUACCACCAUCUCAGACUCGACCAACAUACAUUGUCGGACAUAGCAAUAACACUGUUGAAAUAACCAGUGCACCUAAUACUGCAAUAACAAAUGUAACAGCUGCUACAGCGAAAGGCAGACAUAGUAAUGUAGUUAAGGAAGUAGCAAAAUUAAAAAAAAAUCGUGAAGAAAGGCGACAGCGACAAGUUGAAUUGAAAGAAGAAAAAGAAGCUUUCAUGAACAUAGAUCCUGAUAAUCCAAAUUGGGAAUUUCUUGCUAUGAUAAGGUUUGUUGACUAAUUUAUAAUUAGUUUUAUCUAAUAUUUAUUAAAAACAAUAACAAAUAACCGAUAUUUGUUGUUAUAUUUUAGAGAUUAUCAAUCUAAUUUAGAGUUUAAACCCUUAAGAGAUUCUGAAGUAGUUGAAGAUCAUCAAAUAACUGUAUGUGUUAGAAAAAGGCCGCUCAAUAUAAAAGGUAUGUUUUAAUUUUAAAUAUAUCUUGAUGGAUCGAAUUUUGUAUCACUAUUAUAACUUACAGAAUCAGACAGAUCGCAUAGAAUAUAAAAAAAAAAAAAAAUUAUAUCAAUACACUUCUAAUAAAUGCGUACUUUUAUUUAUUUCUAUUAUAUAAAUCAAUAUUGAUACUAUUAAUGAAAAUAAAACUGACUACAUUUAGUUUGAUAGUAAGUUAGAUCUGUAAAAAAUGAGAAACCUGUGAGUUUGACAUUCCAUACAAUAAAAAUCUAUUCAAAUUAUUAUAUAAACUAAAUUAAUGAGUUUUGAACCUAUCAGUUACAGUAAUUUUAUUUACUGCUUAUUUUUGGUUUUAGAUUUAAUUAUUUAUAUUUCAGAACUUAAUCGAAAAGAAGUAGAUGUUAUUGCGAUUCCAUCUAAAAAUCAGGUUAUUGUGCAUGAACCUAAAAACAAAGUCGAUUUGACAAAAUAUUUAGAAAAUCAGCAUUUCAGAUUUGAUUAUGCCUUUGAUGAAACUUGUAAUAACGAAACAGUUUAUAAGUGAGUCAACAAAAUAUUUUUCAUUCUUUAUUAUAUGUUAAAAAGUUUUAUAAAAUAACAAAUACCUAUUUAAUAAAAAUAUAAAAUUUUGAACUAGAUUUUCUGCAAGACCUCUUGUGAAAACUGUAUUUGAUGGUGGUAUGGCUACCUGUUUUGCUUAUGGACAAACUGGUAGUGGUAAGACUUACACCAUGGGUGGAGAUUUUCAUGGCGAAAUACAAGACUUCAAAAUAGGCAUUUAUGCAAUGGCAGCUAAAGAUUUUUUCCAGUUUUUAAAGUCUCGUAAUUACUCACCAUUAAAUUUGGUUGUUACUGCGAGUUUUUUCGAAAUCUACGGUGGCAAGGUAAUUAAAAAUUAUAAUUAUUUAUUUUUUGUUGUCAUAAAUGUUUAUUUUUUCAGGUAUUUGACUUGCUGAGUGAUAAAGCUAAGUUAAGGGUACUAGAAGAUGGUAUGCAAAAGGUACAAGUAGUUGGUCUUACUGAAAAAGUGGUUACUUCAGUAGAAGAAGUAUUAAAAUUAAUAAAUGAUGGUACCAAUGCCAGGUAAACAGAUUUUUUCAUCAAUAAUUAUUUAAUAAUAUUUAUUGUUAUGGUAUACAAAUUUUUGUUUUAUUAUUAUUAAUUUUUUUUUCAGAACUUCUGGCCAAACAUCAGCAAAUAGUAAUUCAUCAAGAUCGCAUGCUUUUUUCCAAAUUGUACUGCGUAUACCUGGUCUAAACCAAAUACAUGGAAAAUUUUCAUUAAUAGAUUUAGCUGGAAAUGAGAGAGGUGUUGACACAGCAUCAUCUAAUCGACAAACACGUAAAAUAUUUUCUAAUAAUUUGUUUAUUCCUUUGUAUAAUAACAGUAUACAAUUGUAUUUAUUUGUUAUAGGAAUGGAAGGCUCUGAAAUAAAUAGAUCUCUUCUUGCAUUAAAAGAAUGCAUUCGUGCUCUAGGAAAGAAAGGUUCUCAUUUACCUUUCAGAUCAAGUAUAUUAACACAAGUACUUAGAGAUUCUUUUGUUGGUGAAAAUAGCAAAACAUGUAUGGUGAGUAUUGUGUUGAAAAAUCUCAAAUAUUUUUAACAAUAUAUAUGCUAUGGCUUUUUAUAUCAUGCAUUUUAGAUAGCAAUGAUUAGUCCAGGAAUGAGCUCAUGCGAGCACUCUCUAAACACGCUCCGUUAUGCUGACCGUGUUAAAGAAUUGGACGCAUCUGAUCCUGUAGCUAGUGGUGUGGUUGCUUCUACAUAUUUUCCCCCCACAAGACAUUCUUUAAAUAUUUAA